AUGAAAACACUUGCUGUUCUUCUUUUUGCAUUUGUCCAGUCCUCUUUGGCUCUUACUUGCUACGAGAAUGACUCAGAGGGGAACGUGCGUGCGGUGACGAACAAAGAAUGGAACUACUGCGCUCUCAUACCAGAAAGUGAGACUUCUGGAGGGAAAAUGUUCGGAAUCGGGCCCAAUGAAGAAAGUUUGGCCGGUUACGACAACACAUUCCAGCAGUCCGAUAGUCUCUACAAAGUUUUGAGCGUCUGCAUCUACGAAAAGUACGAGCUGGGCAAGUUGUCGCCAAGUUUUGGUCGCGCCGAAUUCUUGUUCCGAUGUGUCUGCAACUACGACCGUUGCAACUCUCAUCAAACUUUCCAAGGCUACCUCAACGGUGUUAAGAAAGACAAUGAGCCUUGA